AUGGCUUCCGCUUCACGAAACUUCUCUCGUGCUCUGCGCACCGCAGCUCCAUCUUUCCGUGCAACCACCACACGCUCAGCUCGCUUUGCCGCCCCUUCGCAGCCCGCCUUUCGCAAGCAGUGGCAACGCAGCUAUGCUUCCAGCUCUGAGGGCGGAUCCGAGAAAUACGAGGGCAACCCCUCCGGCAUGAUCGCGGGAGCUGCUGCUCUGCUCGCCGUGGCCGCUGGUUAUGGCCUGUACAUCCAAAAGCCUGAGCUGUUUGGCCAGGAGCCUAAGUCCGCCUCGUUCGUGCCCAGGUUCGAGGACUACCAGAAGGUCUACAACGCCAUUGCGAAGAGACUUGAGGAGCAUGACAACUACGACGAUGGCAGUUACGGCCCCGUCCUGGUGCGGUUGGCAUGGCACGCAUCUGGAACCUACGACAAGCUCACCAACACCGGCGGCUCCAACGGCGCAACCAUGCGCUUCGCCCCCGAAGGCGACCACGGCGCCAACGCCGGCCUCAAAGCCGCCCGCGACUUCCUCGAGCCCGUGAAGGAAGCUUUCCCCUGGAUCACAUACUCGGACCUCUGGAUCCUCGCCGGCGUCUGCUCCAUCCAAGAAAUGCAGGGCCCCAAGAUCCCCUACCGCGCUGGCCGCUCCGACCGCGACGUCAGCUUCUGCACGCCCGACGGCCGCCUGCCUGACGCGAGCAAGGACCACAGCCACAUCCGCGCCAUCUUCGGCCGCAUGGGCUUCGGCGACAAGGAGAUGGUCGCGCUGUCUGGCGCCCACGCGCUGGGCCGCUGCCACACUGAUCGCUCGGGCUACGAUGGCCCGUGGACGUUCAGCCCCACCACCAUGACCAACGACUACUACAAGCUGCUGCUCGAGGAGAAGUGGGGCUACAAGAAGUGGAACGGCCCCAAGCAGUUCGAGGAUGUCAAGACCAAGACCCUCAUGAUGCUGCCGACGGAUAUGGAGCUCGUCAAGGAUAAGAGCUUCAGGAAGUACACGGAGCUGUACGCCAAGGAUAACGAGGUGUUCUUCAAGGACUUUAGUGACGCGGUUAUGACGCUGUUUGAGCUCGGUGUGCCGUUUGAGCAGCCCGAGGAUCAGCGCUAUGUGUUCAAGAGCAGCUUUGAUUAGAUGGGAGUGAGAGGUGGAGGGUGACGUUUGCCCAUUGUGAUAUCCAUGUAGACCAUUUAGAUCUUCUUUGCGUUUGAGCUGGAAUACAGCUUGUUCAUAUUA